AUCAAAAUCGACUUCCUUUGAUCCCGAGAAGUUCAAUGUCAUCUUGACACACCCCGUUGCGUUCAAAGACAUUGCUUGCGGUUCGGAGGAUGCAGAGAAGUUCAAUUUCUUCUGCGGGAACUUUGAUGGGGGCAUUUACGCCUCGUAUAAGACAACAAACAUUGCCGGCUCCGAUGUCGGCUACGAGUUUAAGGUAUCGUCGACAUCGCAGCAGUCGCACGCUGCAACGGUGACCUGGAGUACGGUAGAAGACAUCGACAACCCCAUGGUUCAUGUGGAUCUGUGGUCGUCUGAAGACCGAGGCUUCAAGGCAGUCAUUCCAGAGAGCGCCGGGCUGAGGCUCUUCUGCGAGGUUGUGCACCCACAAGGCUACCUCGAGGGGCUGACAAUUGCGGCCGAAGUCACGAUCAACUCGGUGGAACCUUUUGUUGUUACUUUUGUUGAUGAAGAACUUGGAGAAAUUGACACCCGCCGGAGCGACAGCAUCUGGACGGCCAUUAUACCAGGUGAUUACCCAGCUGGAUCGGAGCUCAUCGUUACCAAACUUGGCGAUCAACCACAACCCGGAUAUAUUACUCACCUCUUAGCACUGGCAACACUGUGGGGUCGCAGCGCGAAGUCGCCGCCGCCGCAGGAGGCUCUGCCGCGGCCUCCGGGUCCGCAGCGCUCCCGACCGACCCCUGGGAAGGCCCCUGCUGCGGCAGCUACCACGAGGGAAGACCCUUCAGCGAUCUGCCAAUCAACCGGUUCUUGAGGUUUCCUUACAAGACGGUCCUCGCGCGGGAC